AUGAAAUGUACAUCUACAUUGAAUACGAUAAAUGAUGACAAUGACAAUUACAACAAAUCGUGGCAGAUUCAGUCACAACUACUACCAUCCACUGAUGAAUGGUCCUUCCAAAAUGCUUGGGACUUAGAGUCUGUACCAUAUCUAGGCGAGCGGUCAAUAUAUGGUGGGGGAGGCUACUUGGUUGACCUGAACACAGGUCCUUCAUCUAUUCUAAAAAUUUCAGAGCUAAUGCUUAAGUCAUGGAUUGACACACGAACAAGAGCUUUUUUCAUAGAAUUUGUCUUGUAUAAUCCCAAUGUUAACAUGUAUAGUUCAGUUAUGAUAGUGUUUGAGUAUAGCAGUCCUGGCACAGUAACGACAUCAUUUCAGAUAUACACAACACCUCUAUCCCACUACUCCACUAGUAAAGAAAUUACAAGUUUGGUAUUUGAGAUAGUAUUUUUUCUUUUGACGAUCUUCGUGUCUUAUAUUGAGAUCAAAAAGAUAAGACUGGUCGGAUUGAAAACGUACUUUAAACGGUUUUGGAAUAAACUUUCCUUGUUGAUGUUAAUAUUGUGCUAUACUUCAAUGGCGAUUUUUAUAGAAAGAUUUAGAAUGAUAACACACAUUAUCCGGCAGUAUAGAAGUGAUGGUAAAGACAGUUACAUUAAUUUUAGUCUUGCAAUCCUAUGGGAUUGCAUAUUAUUUUACAUUUUGGCUUUUUUAACCGUAAUUACAAUGAUAAAACUACUGAAACUUUUAAUGCUGAAUCAGAAAUUGAAAUACCUAUUUUCAUUGAUGGAACAUGUUAAAAAAACGUUAAAAUAUUUCUUUUUUAUCUAUGUUAUUUCAUUGUUAGCGUUUGCAUGUUGUGGACAUUUGUUAUUUGGCGCUUCAUUAGCUGGUUAUAGAUCAUUCGGAGACAGUUUGUUGGUCCUUAUAGAAUGUACUUUCAGGAUAGUCAAUUAUAAUCAAUAUCUUGAUUUUCAUCCACAAUUAGGUCCUCUUUUUAUACUUUUGUUCAUAUUUAUUUUUGUAUUUGGAUUAAUGAAUAUGUUUACUGUCAUUGUAAUGAAUGCACAGAAAUCCUUAAGACAAAAAGGAGUAAAACAUGAUGACCAGCUAACGUUAAUGGUAAAGUACUUUGUGCACAGCAUUAGAAGAAUGUUCCGAUAA